AUUCGUAUUGUAAUUUGGAUUGUUGCACUUGGUUUUCUGGUUUGGCGCACGACGAACGUUGAUAUUUGGGUUCUAUUUUCCUAAAACCCAACAACGAUAACUUGAUACUUCAUCUAUAGCUUCUUUAGCUUAUUUUCUUCAUUUCUCCUUGCAUUUUGAACAUCCUGAACUAAGUCAACAUGUUCAAAUCUUUGAUUGAUGCCGCGCAGAACUCAACGUUCAAGUCGCCAUUCAGCAGUGCCGAUUGUCAGACAGCUGCACCGCCCACUCUGCCCCUGCCCAGCAGCGAUGAUGCCGUUUCCACCCGCACCCAGCUGAGCCCCAAUCACAAUUUCGCAGCUGCUGCCGCUGCUCAGGGUGACUCCUGUGAGUUUGGCUCAAAUCAUUAUUUCUUGCUGUGCGGCUUGGGUGGCAUUAUCUCGUGCGGCACCACCCACACCAUGGUGGUGCCCCUGGAUUUGGUGAAAUGCCGUCUGCAGGUCGAUCCGGCCAAGUAUAAGAGUGUGUUCAAUGGCUUCCGUGUCAGCUUGGCGGAGGAGGGUGUUCGUGGUCUGGCCAAGGGCUGGGCGCCCACCUUCAUCGGUUACUCGAUGCAGGGUCUGUGCAAGUUUGGUCUCUAUGAGGUCUUCAAAGUUAUGUACGGCAAUGCCAUCGGUGAGGAGAACGCGUUCCUCUAUAGAACUAGCCUCUAUUUGGCCGCUUCUGCAUCGGCCGAGUUCUUUGCGGAUAUUGCGCUGUCGCCCAUGGAGGCAGCCAAGGUUAAAAUACAGACGACGCCCGGAUUCGCAAAGAAUUUGCGUGAGGCGCUGCCCAAGAUGACCGCACAGGAAGGCAUCACCGCCUUCUACAAGGGUCUGGUGCCACUGUGGAUGCGACAGAUCCCAUACACCAUGAUGAAGUUCGCCUGCUUUGAGCGUACUCUGGAGCUGCUGUACAAGUAUGUGGUGCCGAAGCCACGUGCUGAUUGCACCAAGGGCGAGCAGCUUAUUGUCACCUUUGCCGCCGGUUACAUUGCUGGUGUCUUCUGUGCCAUUGUCUCCCAUCCCGCUGAUACCGUUGUAUCCAAACUGAACCAGGCCAAGGGCGCCAGUGCUAUGGAUGUGGCCAAGAAGUUGGGCUGGUCUGGUCUGUGGGGCGGUCUGGUUCCUAGGAUUGUCAUGAUUGGCACACUCACCGCUGCUCAAUGGUUCAUCUAUGAUGCUGUCAAGGUCUUCCUGCACAUGCCACGCCCACCACCACCAGAUAUGCCCGAAUCCCUGAAGAAGAAGCUGGGCUUGACUGGAGCGCAAUAAGAAGGAACACACACACACACACACAGAAUGUAGGAUGUUAACCGUCUUAAAUAAAUAUACAUAUAUAUAAAUACAUACAUUGAAAGUGCAAUCAGAUUGUUGAACGAUUAAACCAAGAUAAAUAAAAAUAUACAAAUAACUUAAAAAUUAA